AGCAUGAACACUCAACCGUUGAUAAUCGUUAAAAUUUUGUGGCGAAGUUAAUCCCCUCAUAUUGAAGAUCAAUGUGAAAAUAUGUGAUCAGAAUGAUGCAUCUGUAUCUGACAAUAUUAUCGAGUUUAUAGAUAUUGAUCUUAUUGACGCUGUUGUUGCCUGUCCUUGCCGGUGCUGUCUAGGAAUUCAGGUUUCAUGACUUCCCAGGCGGGACAAGGAGUGAUUUGGCCUUCAUAUCAUCAAUCCUCAAUUCUAUCACUCGACUGCAACACGGAAGGUGUGUUGGUUUCGGGUGCAGAGUCCUGUGAUGUCUGUAUCUGGGAUGCGAAGAACCGCUCUCUCGUGCACCAAUUGUCAGGGUUUCCAGACGAAGUAACUGCAGUGUCUUUCUAUGUGGCUGAGCCUCAUUACUUCUGGGUGUCGAGUGACUGUAUGCUUCUGAAGUUCGACCUGAGGAACUAUGAGCAGCCAGUGUACGAGACAUGCUACUCAGAUGAUGAUGUCAACAUGAUCCUGAUGAACGAAAAGGACCAACUGUUGGCUACGUGCGAUGACUCAGGUGCUGUUACUGUGAUUGAUGAUAGCAAACCGACCAAAAAUGUCAUCCAUACGUUCUCAGACCAUGACAGCUGCGUGAGUAGCAUCCAGUUCCACCCCUCCGCACCCGAACUGUUCUCGGCGGGCACGGACGCUCAAUUGAGAAGUUGGAACCUCGUAGACGGCUCCUCUUCGUCUACUUUGUACUUGAACGCAUGCUUCCAUGACGACUCUCAGGCCGGCUCCGAAUCGGCAGCCGAAGGAUCAUCUGCCGAAUUGUUUUCUGGUAAUAUUCUGACUCCGCCUAUGGCACAUUCAAUUUCACUCAACUCUUCUGCAAAUGUGUUGGCUUGUGGCGUCGAAAAUUCAGCCUUGCUUUUGUUCGAUGUCCUGAAAAUUUCAGAUGGGACAAGCUCAUCAACUGCAGCCAGCUCUAAGUCCAAAUUGAGGCUGUCAAGUUUGUUGACUGGCCAUACUGCAGCAGUCUCGCAAGUGACCUUUGCCAAUAACUGGACAGAAGCGGGUGUUUAUGGCGGCGAUUUACUAGUCAGCGGUGGCUCUGAUAAACGGAUUAUCUCGUGGCGGGCUGAGAUAAAUGAAGAGUUUGAAGAUGCUUUGGAAGACAUAUCUGAACAAGGUGCUGGUGAUGGACUUGACCUUGAACAGCCAAUGGAAGAUGCUGAAAGUGAAACAACUGAACUUAAUUCACCUGUAAUUACGUCAUCAGCAUUGAACAAGAUAUGUUUCCAACAAGCGACGUGUAAGACCCAUCAUAAUAAAAUCAAUUGGCUAUGCCCGUCUGUUGUGGACGGUGAGCCUCAACUGUUUGUGGCUGAUCUAUCGACAGUUGUGACAUCUUAUUCUCAUCACGCUUUGUUUUCUUGAUCAUUUAACUGGAUUGGUUUAUUUCCAUUUAUACCAUACAGUCUGGAACGAUGUUUAUUUGUUUACAAAUUUAUUCUUGUAAUUCUGA